AGGCUGUUGCCACAACGACGAAGUUCCCAGCGUGCCUCGCGGCGGCGGGCUCAUGGCGCGGCGGGGGCACAGUCUCUUGCUGCUAGUGCUCUGGACGCUGACGGCUCCGGCCCGGCCCGGCCCCGGAGAAGAGGGCGAUGGAGGGUGGCAGCGGCGCGGAGCCGCCCCGGCGGCGGUGGCGGAAGAGGAGCGCUGCACCGUGGAGCGCAGGGCGGACCUCAGCUACGCGGAGUUCGUUCAGCACUACGCCUUCUCCAAACCUGUCAUUCUGCAGGGACUCACAGACAACUCAAGGUUCCGGGCUCUGUGCUCCCGCAAAAGGCUGCUGGCAUCAUUUGGGGACAACGUGAUUCGGCUGAGCACUGCCAACACCUACUCCUACCAGAAAGUGGACCUACUCUUCCAGGAGUAUGUGGAGCAGCUGCACCCCCAGGACCCCACCUCCCUAGGCAAUAACACUCUGUACUUCUUUGGGGACAACAACUUCACUGAAUGGGCAUCACUCUUUCGGCAUUACAUCCCACCCCCAUUCGGUCUGCUGGGUACCACUCCUGCUUACAGCUUUGGGAUCGCAGGAACUGGCUCUGGGGUGCCCUUCCACUGGCACGGGCCUGGGUUCUCAGAAGUCAUCUACGGACGAAAGCGCUGGUUCCUAUAUCCUCCUGAGAAGACCCCGGAGUUCCACCCCAAUAAGACCACUCUGGCCUGGCUCCAGGACACCUACCCAGCCCUGACACCAUCUGCACGGCCCUUGGAGUGCACCAUCCAGGCUGGUGAGGUUCUGUAUUUCCCUGACCGAUGGUGGCAUGCCACACUCAACCUUGACACCAGUGUUUUCAUCUCUACCUUCCUCAGCUAGCCAGAGCAGGCAGCUGACGAGCCCAGUCUCACACCAGCACACAUCCCUAUACUGCUCACAGGUUUUAUUACAAGGAUUAGUAGUGGCAGCAGCCUCAGCCAAAACCACCAUAGCCUGCUGUUUCAGGC